UUCCAUGUAUUGGAAAGUUCCUUAGAGUAAAUUUCUCCACAAUGUUGGAUGUAUCUUUAAGUUUUCUCCUAAGAUUUUGAUUGUAUUGAUCAGCUUGUGUAAAGAGCUCCUUUUAAAUAAAAAUCAUGGAAACAAAACAAUCUGAUUUUAUUGUGACCGUGUGAACUGACACACACCAGAGUAAUGGAAAUAAAGAAAUUGAGUAGUGCCCAGUCUGGCAGCUACUGAUGAAGACUUCAUAUGAAAGUGGAAAGAGUUGUAUUAGCACUCAAAAUACAUGUAGUUAUGAACAUGUGCCUAAAAAAGAAAACACGAAAAGAAAUCUGGGAUGGAUUGUGCUCGUCACGUGAUCCGCUCCACCAACCAAUGAACAGCGGAGCAUCGCUCGCGUCGGCCGUGCUGUCGUGAGUUGUUAGAGAGGUUAUGUUUUACAGCAGGAACACUCACUUUAUUCGAUAAACAGAUUGAGGUCAGUAAUGAACUGUUGAAAUGAAUGCCCAAGAGUUCUUCCUAAAGGCACAAACUUCUGCAGAGCUUGCCGUUCGUUUUGACACUAGCAAUCAGUUUGCUGCAGCUUUAUUUUACUAUGAGGAAGCUGCUAGUAAUCUACGCUAUGCCUCAGAGCAUGUGGAUAAUGAAGAACUUGCCGAAACCUGGCGUACCAAGGCUGUGGAGUACCAUGAUCGCAGCAAAAGUAUUGAAGCACAGUUGCAAGCUAUGAGCCGCAGCACAAGUCAGUCAGAAGAUUUGCAACACCUACAAAGAUGUAGAUUUUUACUAAAUCAAGCCUUGGAUGCAGAUGAAGCUGGUUUAAAAGAUGAUGCUGUAGAAUUAUACACUCAGGCCGUGGAAUUGAGUAUUGAAGCUAAAAAACUUACAAAAGAUCCUGACCAGCAAAAGAAAAUAGGUGUGCUACAAACUCAGGCAUUGGAAAGAGCUGAAGAAUUAAAAGGAAUCCCUAAGCCUUCAGUAACUUCAAAAGCAUCAACGGCAUCUUCUCCAUCUUCUGUAACCAACAAGCAGUUUUCUACAAGUACUGCAUCUUCACCUGAAAAAAGUACAUCCUCAGGUCAUGCCUCCUUACAUCGUGGUUUUAGUGCACAUUUAAAGAUUGUUGGUUCUGACUCCUACACAGAUGAAGAAAAACUAGUUCUAUUAGCCACAUCUAGAAUCAAUGCAAGAGAAUAUGUGCCAUUCAUGAGUAUAGAUCUGAAAGAAAAAUUUCAGUAUGCAAUACCCUUUUCAGAUAAAGAUGGACCCUUGGCGUUAUCGCCAAAGCAGAAAAUGGCUUUUGACAAAUGGGCUAGACCUCGUGACUAUUGUGAAGAUCCUGUUAUGGUUUUGGGCAAUGUUGAUCCAUACAGUAUUAAGCAAACUAUUGUGUCGGAUUGCUCAUUUGUUGCAUCACUAGCCAUAAGUGCUUUGUAUGAAAGAAGGUUUAAGAAGAGACUUAUUACUUCAAUAAUUUAUCCCAAAAACAGACUCAAAGAGCCUGUCUACAAUCCAUUUGGAAAAUACAUGAUCAAACUUCACAUUAAUGGGGUACCCAGAAAAGUAAUAAUUGAUGACUCGCUCCCCAUGGGCCGACAUGGAGAACUUCUUUGUUCAUAUUCUACCAACCGUAAUGAGCUAUGGAUAUCACUUCUUGAAAAAGCCUACAUGAAAGUCAUGGGGGGUUAUAACUUUCCUGGUUCUAACAGUAACAUUGAUCUACAUGCGCUUACUGGAUGGAUUCCUGAACGAAAGUCUAUUCUUCCUAAUGAAAAGGACUUCAACUCUAGUGCACUUUUUGAUAUGCUUCUUAUGCAUAUUAAGGAUGGAAACGUUUUAGCUACAGUAGCAACAGGUGAACUAUCUGAACUUGAAGCAGAGAGAGCAGGGCUGGUUCCGACUCAUGCUUAUGCAGUUCUUGAUGUGAAAAAAGUGAAUGGUGUAAGGCUCAUGAAACUAAAGAACCCAUGGUCCCAUUUAAGAUGGAGGGGAAACUAUUCCGAGCUUGAUACUGUUCACUGGACAAGAGAGAUGAAAGAUGCCUUAGAUUUCAACCCAGAUAGUGCUGCUAUGUUUGACAAUGGAGUUUUUUGGAUAGACUAUGAAAGUAUCUUACGUUUUUAUGAUGUCUUCUACCUUAACUGGGAUCCUCAAAUGUUUAAAUAUACAUAUUGCAUACAUCAAUCAUGGAAAGCUGGUACAGGUCCUGUGAAAGAUGCCUAUAACAUUGGAGAAAAUCCACAAUUUCGCCUGGAAGUUGGUUCAGGUGAAGGAACUGUGUGGAUUCUACUAACGAGACAUAUAACAAACAUUCAGGACUUCAAGGAUAACCGUGAAUUCAUCACUGUCCUGGUAUACAAGACAGAGGGAAAACGAGUAUACUACCCAUAUGAUCCAGAGCCAUUCAUUGAUGGUGUUCGAAUCAACAGUCCUCAUUACCUGUGCAAGAUAAAUUUAUCUCCAACUAGCGCAAGAAAGUAUACACUUGUUGUCUCACAGUAUGAAAAAAUGCAUACUAUAAACUACACAUUACGUGCUUAUGCAACAUGUCCUUUCAAACUAGAUCAGAUCAAAAACCCCUAUCUUCAUUCUGAAGUGGUUCGCGGGCAAUGGACAGGUUCAAGCGCUGGUGGCUGUGGAAACCAUCCUGCAACCUAUUUGCUCAACCCUCGAUACCAGGUUGUUCUUGAAUCAGUCCACAGUAAUAAUAAAAUCCUAUUGGAUUUGAAAGGUCCUAAACAGUACCAGAUGGGUUUGGAUCUGAUAUCCCAUGACUCCAAUUCUAGUAAUGUCAGAAAAAGAUCUUCUGGUGUAUACAGGUCUGGUUUUGUAGCUUUUGAGGUGGAAGACUUACCACCCGGAAAGUAUGACAUAGUACCAAGUACAUUCCUCCCUGCUCAAGAAGGACCUUUCAUUCUUACAUUUAAAUCAUCCUGCCCAUUCAAGUUGGGGAAAAUCCAAUAAUUGUUUUGUAGAUAUUUGUUUGGAAUUCAAAACUUGCACUGUUAUCUCUUAUUAACUCUUAUUAUCAUGCAGUAUGACAUAUGUUUGUUGUUUCCCUUUUUUAAGCACUUUAUAAUGAUAUAUCUAAUUGUUAACUCUAUCUUACAAAAUAUUUUUUUUUGUUUAAAAAAGUUGUUAAUUUGUUUGAAUCUGAAAGUUCCCCUUUUCUAAACUUUUACUCACAGUAUUGUUUGUUUUGCAAUGCUGUACUGUGUGGCUAUAAGAUAUUUUUGAUGUUUUUGACACCCCUAUAAUGCUUAUAUUAACACAAAUUAUGCCGUUAAUCUACAUGUCUUGCAUGGUUCAUAAUAUAUUGUGUAUUUUUUGCCCUUAUUUGUGAAGUGUUGUAAUCAUUGUAAUGUGAUUUUUUGAACUGUGAUAAUUUUGCCUUAUUUAUUUUAGUCUAUUCAAAAAUAUAUUUGGAGUUGUGGUUGUUUGCCCAUUGUACUUGAAAUGUACAAAUAUAUAUAAUUUUUUUUAAAUUAAAACUUUGAUCACCAAGAAC